AUGAUAGCCCAGCAGGUGCAAUCGAAUUCGAGCAGCAAUGAUGGAAAUUUGAGCUUUCCAAAUGAGUUUAUUGUAAAUCAUGAAUGGAAACUUUUAAAACGUAUUGGGGCUGGAUCCUUUGGUGAGCUGUUCCUGGCUGUUAAUAAGAGAACUAGAAUGGAAGCCGCUGCAAAGCUGGAGUAUCAUCGUUCGGGAGCUCCAGUUCAACUUAAAACAGAGUACGAGCUCCUCAGAAUACUAAACAAUGCUCCGGGCAUAACAAAACUCUAUUGGUAUGGACGUGAUGGCGUCCAAAAUCUCUACACCGUUCUCAUCAUGGAGCUCUUGGGACCUAGUCUUGAGGACCUCCAUGUAUACUGCGAUCUAAAAUUUUCACUCAAGACUGUCUCCAUGCUCGCCGAUCAAAUGAUCAAGCGAAUAGAGACUUUGCACAAAAACUGCCUCAUCCAUCGAGACAUAAAGCCGGAUAAUUUUGCAAUGGGCACCGCGCACAAUCUCAAUACCGUCUACAUAAUUGACUUUGGGCUGUCCAAGUUUUACAGGGAUCCGAAGACAAAAGAACACUAUCCAUUUCGGGAUUUCCGGAAUUUAACGGGGACUGCCCGCUACUGCAGUAUAAAUGCACACGCAGGCUGUGAACAGUCGCGUCGUGACGACCUGGAAUCCCUAGGAUACGUUCUAAUCUACUUCCUCAAGGGCCAUCUACCCUGGCAAGGCCUGCAGGCCGAUAGCAAGAAGGAGAAAUUCCGUAAGAUAUACAAGACUAAACAAAGCGUGAAAGUCGAGGCAUUGUGCGAAGGUCUGCCGGAGGAAUUCGUGAAGUACCUCACCUACUGCAAAAACCUUUCUUACGAAGAAGAGCCCAAGUACAGAUAUUUGCGAAGCCUUUUUUGGAAAAUUAUGGACAAAAAUGGAUAUAGAUACGACGUCCAAUAUGACUGGAUCGCGCCGGCUUCAAGUUAA